CCUUCCUUUUGUAAUCAAAUUUUUUUAAUUACUUUCUUAUUGUUAUAAUUAUAAUUUAUAUUCGAUAAGAAUUUUUAUAGUUCACCAAAAAGUGAAAUGGCACCACCACCAUUACCAUCAACAACUAUUGUUCCACCGUUUGUUAGCCUUAUUGUGAGGGUUGCUACGUUAAUUUUCUUGUUGAUUUCACUCAUCGUGAUCGCCACCAAUACUCAUACUACGAGUCUCAAUUUUAUUAAUAUCAAAACAAAGUCUACCGACUUUUAUGCAUACAGAUAUUUGAUUUCUAGUGUGGUUAUUGGAAUGGCAUAUACUCUUCUCCAAACUGCAUUUUCAAUUUUCUUUGUGACCACUGGAAAUAGACUAGGUGGUGAGGGUCUCUGUCUAUUUGACUUCUAUGGUGACAAGUUUAUUUCCUACUUUCUUGCUACUGGAGCAGCAGCAAGUUUUGGUAUGACAGAAGAAUUGAGGAGACUUACAAACAGUGAUAUGGAUAAAUUUCUCAACACUUCAAAUGCUGCAGCCAGUCUUUGUCUUUUUGGAUUCUUUUUUUCUGCUGCUUCAUCUAUUUUUUCAUCAUAUAAUCUUCCAAAAAAAGCUUGAUAUAAAAAUAAAAAUAUAAAAAAAAUAGUUUUUUUUUAAAGUGGGUUGAUAUAAUUGAGAGAUUAUUUCAAGAUUCAUUUGUAAUAUAUUUGGUUCAAGUCAUAUAGUGUUGGGUUGUAAUUUUGUAUUUAAGUUGUAUCUAUAUCGUUAAGUAAUUUUUGUUUUGAGAAUUGUGUUGUUAUUAUUAAUUUCUUGUGUAAUUUUUGUUUUGAGAAUUUGUGUUGUAUUUGGUGUUUUCAUGUAUAUUGUCAUUCUAGUAAUUUGUAUUUUGCAAAGUG